ACGCAAGUUUGCUCUGCGCUUUGACCUCUUUUCCAAAUCUUCCUCAGCAUGCCCACUCUUUGUCUUUGUUCUAUGCUCAUUAUCUCUUUUUGAAUCAGAAUAUUUUUUUCUUCAGGAAAUCCCGUACGAAUGUCGAUCAAUCGCGUCAUCUUUCCCUCAACAUCAUAUGAUCUUUUUCACCCAUGCGGGGGUUGCAUAAAAAACCCGAAAUGACUACCAUUCACGCUCAAGCAUGUCGUCCACAGUCGUCUCCGACUUCUCUUCAAUACCCGUCAUAUCCUACCCCACCUCCUUUGAGGACCACGAAAAGUUCAUUAUCGCACUUCAGAACGCUUUGAUAUCAACGGGGUUCUUCUAUUUAUCGGAUGCGCCAGUACCGCCUUCGACCAUCUCAACGCUCGUUUCUUACAUCCCCAAACUCUUUGCCUUACCUCAGACAGAGAAAGACAAAUUCGCCAUGAUCAACUCGCCUCAUUUUUUGGGGUACACCAAGUUGGGAACGGAGUUUACGAAGGGUAAGGUGGAUUGGAGGGAACAGGUUGAUAUUGCUACGCCCAUGAAGAGCAGAUGGAAUGGGGAAGAGGAAGAGAGAUGGAUGAAUGUUUGGGGGCCUUCGCAGGUGCGUUCGUUCUUCCUGGGUGGAUGCUACAUUCGACGAAAUGAUGCACCCCGAAAGUAUCCGGAUGAAUCUGUUUUACCUGGAUUCCGAGAUGCGAUUAUUAACUAUCAAUCAGAAGUCACCAAACUAGGCAACCGACUUAUCAAGUACAUCUCAGAAGCACUCGGUCUUGGGCCAGAUGGGCUAGCGAAGUUUUACGACGUCCAGGAGAAGAUGCAGCAUCGAGGGAAAAUCGUUUCGUAUCCGGUCCCGGAAACAGGCGAUGGCGAGAGAGGUCAAGGCGUUGGACCACAUUUUGAUGCUGGGUUUCUGACUAUCUUGCUUCAAGCAUCUCCUCAUCCUGGAUUACAGGUUCAGAAUCUAUCCGGUGAAUGGAUCGAUGCGUCACCGAUACCGGGAACGUUUGUGGUCAACUUCGGGAGAGCCCUUGAAUUCGCUACCCAGGGGAUAGUUCGUGCAACAUCCCACCGCGUUCUAUCGCCUCCUGCUACAGCGGAAUGGAGGAAAAUAGGACCUAGGUAUUCAGUACCGUUUUUCCACAACAUCGAUAUGUGUGUCAGGAUGGGUGAUAAGGAGAAAUGGCGAUUAGAAUUUCCGGAACACAUUUUACGUUUACGCGAUGCUCGAGGAAAACUAGGGAAUACGGAUUCGAUCAACUACGGCGAGUUUUUGACCGAGCCGUCUGGGAAGGUUCAGUUGUUUGGAAGAAUCAAAAGUCAUCCGGACGUUGGAGAACGGCAUUACCCUGAGUUGUUUAACCAGUUCUUCCCUAAUGGUCUACCCAAGUGAACUCUACCUGAUGGUGUUCGAUGUUUGUAUGUAGAACUGAAUAUGGACGCCAUCUAGUGCGUUAUGCAGUUAUUACAGGAUGCCGUUCCCG